AUGACAAGAAAGCUCUACCAGCUUGAGGAGAAGAAGAAAAUCGACCAACUUCGUAAAGAAAAGGAAGAGGAUGAGCUUCAACGUUUGCAAGAGGAACAGACAGGCAAGAAACGAACAGAAAAGUUAGAAUGGCUGUAUGCAAUGCCUGCGACGGGAAGUAUUAGUCAGAAUCCGAAUGAUUUGGAGAAGUAUCUGCUUGGAAAAAAGAGAUAUCGACAGCCGACGAGAACGCAAAGGGAGGGCAUGCCGCAUGAGGAUGAAUGA